ACAUGAAUACUCUCCAUUUGAACAAGAAAAGAAAACUAGGCCAUCGAUUCCUAUUCUUAUUAUUCUUUUUCUUAUCUUGCGUCACAUCAAAUUCUAUUUAUAUUUAUGGCAAAUUAAUUCACAGUGAAUACUUUGGGCUUAAAACUGACAAUCAGAUCACAAACGUGCAUAAAUCAUAUCCCAUUAGUUCUUGUAUAUAAGUUGAAUGCAUAUUACGAUAUAUCAAAACCACAUAAUUGAACUAGCAGAUUAACAGUCAAAAGAUGGCGCUGUUGUGUUUACGGACCGUUCGGAGCGAAACCGUGUACGCUCUUGAACGCGUCUCGCGCUUCCGUCGACCUCAGCGGUGGUUUCCCGGGCAACUGAGAAGCGACAACAAACGAGGAACGGCACCAAGUUAAGGACAACAACAGCAACACGUCAAACGAAGACGAUGGUGUCAAACACACAAGGCCGUUACCGGAAGGCUCGGUUUCGUUAACGGAAGGCACCGGAUCCGGUCUGUUUUCGCUACUUUUAAUGGUCCCGAACCGUCAUGAGCGAGGUCUGUGUGCGGGUGGCGGUUCGGAUCCGUCCCCUGCUUCCCAGAGAAGUCCUCCACAACCACCAGGUGUGUGUGCGGGCCGUGCCCGGCUCCGCUGACGUCAUGCUCGGCUCGGACCGAGUCUUCUCCUUCGACCACGCGUUUGGACCGACGGCCAGUCAGGAUGAGGUGUACGCGUCGUGCGUCCGGCCGCUGGUGGAGGCUCUGGUCGACGGCUACAACGCCACCGUCUUCUGCUACGGACAAACUGGGUCGGGAAAGACGUUCACUCUCGGAGGGGUGACCCUGGAUGAAGAUGGAGGAAUUAUAGAGCGCGUGUCCCAGGACGUGUUCUCCCUGCUGGGGGAGAAGAGAGAGAACAAUGAGGCCCGAGUGCGGGUCUCCUACAUGGAGCUGUACAAGGAGGAGCUCCGGGACCUGCUGGAGCUGCAAACCGUUCACAAAGAGCUGCACAUCAGGGAGGACGAGCGGGGGAACACAGUGGUGGUGGGAGCCAGAGAGGUGGCGGUCGCUUCAGCAGAGGAGCUCCUCAGUGUUCUACAAACGGGCAAUGCCCUGCGCCGCACCGCCCCCACGGGCAUGAACGAGCACUCCAGCCGCUCACACGCCAUCCUCACCCUCCAGCUUCACCGUCGCCAUGACGACCCGUCUCCGCGGCCCGCCCGCUCCCCCAAGCUCUGCCUGGUGGACCUGGCCGGCUCGGAGCGCGCGGGGAAGACGGGCGACGCGGGCGCGCGCCUCAAGGACUCGGUCCACAUCAACACGGGCCUGCUGGCGCUGGGGAACGUCAUCCGCGCCCUCUCCGAUCCCGCUCGAGGUCGCCGCGGCAACGGCUGCAGCGGCGCGCACGUGCCGUACCGCGAUGCCAAGAUCACGCGUCUGCUGCGCGACUCCCUGGGGGGCACGGCCCACACGCUGAUGGUGGCCUGCGUCAGCCCGUCCCACCACAGCGUGGCCGAAACGCUCAACGUGCUGCUGUUCGCGGCCAAAGCUCGGCACGUGCGCAACCACCCCGGGGCCGCGGCCGCUCAGGCGGAGGUCAAAUUAUGCCCCACACCUUGGGACCCUGGCAAGGCCCGGCUAGGGGAGCUGGAGUAUGAGGCCCAAACACUUAGAGUGCUGCUGAAGGAGAAGGAAAAAGAGAUCGAGGUUGAACGGGAGAAGGCUGGAGAACGGGAGAGCGUUAAAGUAACUGAGUCCAGUCACAUUAAAGAGUCCGGUGAGGCGGUGACGGAGGAGGACGUAUCGCAGUACCACCUCCUGGCUCAGGAAGCUGCAGCUCUGCUUGCACGCAUCUCUGGCUCCUCUCUGAGCCAGGCUCUCAGGGAGCAACUGGAGGAUUGGCAGGGACGAUUGACAGCUGUCAAUAACUCGCAGCAAACCAAUGGCAACAACAAGGAGAGGGACGGAGAGCGUGACCGUGCUACUAUACUGAAGCUCAGACGAGAGCUCAGCAGAUGCAAGGAAGCACUCGCCGUAGAGGAACAGCUGCUGCAGCAGAAGAAUGCACAGCUGACACAGGUACAAAAACAAGUGGAGAUGCUUGUUCAGGAGAACAAAACACACCUACAGGCCUUAGAGGAGGAGAAGAGGCGAACUCAAAUACAGGCUGAACAGCUGGUUGACCAGCAGAUUUCGAUGGAUCGCCUUCGCAGUGAGCUCAUUUCCGCACAGAGUUCAAGCGGGGGGGCGAUGGUGGAGUCACGGGCGUCUGCGGGCUCAGGCAAGAGGCCUCAUAGCGUCCCUCUGAUGGGACCCAGCUGUGGAGCCAGGUCUUCCAGGAAGAUUUACUCCAGCCCCCCCACCUAUUCACUGGAGAGGGUGAUGGCAGCGUUUAAAAUGCGUAGUCAUCUCCUGCUGGCUGAGAUUGAGGAGAAGGAUGAGGUGUUCUGCCCUUUCAUAAAACAACAGGCGGAGGCCAACGAUGAGGAUGAAACGAAGAAGGAUGACGAACACGCAGGCACAACAGGAUUUAGACGUUCUUUAAAUCGAACUUGGACCGGCCGCCAGAAGAAAACAGCUGUAAAAGGAAAAAAUGCUCCACUGGACCGAACAUCUAAUGGAAACCUCUCACCAAUCGGGGCCAAGGACAGGAAGGCAAAACUAGGAGCCAUUGUUACUCAGAGAAGGAUCCAUGAUCUGUCAGCCAGCAUGCACAUGAAAGAGGAGCUCAUCAAACAGCUCAGCCAAACUGAGAGGGAGGUUCGGGCAGUGGGCAGACACGCCAGCUCCAGCGGUGACCUGUUGGAAAGGCUCUCGGUGCAGAGCCAGCAGGUCCGAGCAGAAGCGUACCGCAGCCUGCAGCACAUGAGGCUGCAGAGAGCACAGCUCCAGACCAGCCUCCAGCAACAGACCGUGGCCAGUCACGACACCGCUGAGCUCCCUCAGAAUGGGGGGCAAAGAGCAGGAGACGUUGCUUUGUGCAAGAGAAGUCACCAGGAAGAAUCAAAGAAAAAGCUGUGUGACAGUUGGCUGGAGACAGAGGAGGAGCUGGUCCUCCAGAAGAGAGUGGAGCUGCAGGAGCUGGAGGAGGAGCUGAGGAGGAGAGAGGAGGUGCUCCUGCGUAGAGAAGCCUGUCUGCAGCAGAAAGACAAGCUGGAGAUCAAAAGGCUACGCUCCAGUCAGGCUCUGAAUCAGGAGCUGCUGCGCGUCUCGAUGCGGCUGGAGUCUGUGGAGGAGCAGCUGUGGAGCAGUAGCACUUCAAGGUUGACCAUCACUGUAGAAGAACUGGAGAAGGAGAGAGACCUGCUGGGACAAAAGAGAGACGCCCUGGAUGCACAGCUGAAAGAAAAUCGAGUGCUGAAUGUGGAGGAAGAGCAUUCGCUGCUGCAACUGGAUGAAGCUAUCGAAGCUCUGGAUGCAGCUCUGGAGUUCAAAAACCAAUGCAUCCAGGAAAAACAGAGGAAUUUGUUAAUCACAGACUCUUCACCACGUCCGUCUCAAAGCACUGAACCCGCAGACCUCUGUGAUAUCGUUAGUAAACUAAAGAAGCUUUCACUACGCGAGACCUCCGAGCUGCUCUUGAAAUAUUUCAACAAGGUUGUGUGUCUGCGUGAGGUGGAGCGCCAUUUGCGUCUGCGUUGUGAAGAGCUGGAGCUUCAUGUUGGGGAGCUAGAGGUGGUGUUGAAAGAGAUGGAGGCCAGCAUGCAGCGCCUGGCCGUGGAUGUGGACCGCAGGCUCACCCAGCAGCACAGAGAUCACCAGAACCACAUACAGCUGCUGCUGCAGAAACUUCAAGAAGGCGGCACAGGAGAGGUACAGCAGGCUAUCCAAGACAAAGUGCAGCAUUUGGAGAAAGAGCUGUUUUUCUACAGAAGCUCCAGUCGGCAGCUCAAAAAGAAACUUAAGGAGCUCCUCAGUGGCUCCCUACAGCCUGAUCUGCAGCGCUCACACACACAGGACACCAGACAAUCACACGAUACGCAGAUAUAUGGAAGCGCAGACAACUCCCAAACCUACACUGAAGAGGUACAGACAAGUACCCAUAUUACACCAACAUACACAAAAAUACACGCUAAACAUCCAGAUCAAAACAACCACUCUAAUAUGAAACAGGCACACCAGCUCCCCUGUCCCUCCUCAUCUUCUGAGCUCCAAGUCUUCAGACAGACAAACAUGCCUGAACACAAACAGACACACAUAAAAUCCCAGAGUAGUGAAAGAGAGGCUGGUCGCUAUGGGCAAAGUAUGGAGAUGACGCCAGUCCGCCUGUGUCGUCGAGACCUGAGACAGAUCUCUCCACGUGACCUGCAGAUCUCUGGUUCUGCCACGAGGAGGCGACAGUCUGCUGUCAGCACCAGCACUGAGACCAUACUAGAGGACUCCAUAGAAGUGCCCAGAAACACUGACAGAUGAUGCUGUGUCCUUCACAUAGCUGUUUCUUAGUGUAACAUAGAUCGUAGGGCCUUGCUUAAAAUGCUUGUUGGAAAGUACUUAAUUUAAUUCCCCGAAUAAAAAAAUUAUAAUUAUAAGAAUGAGAAAAAUUGGAAAACAGCAGUUUUGUUUUCCGUAUUUCUCUUUACCAUUGACCUCUGUGUGACAUGUUGUUUUUAUAGAAUAGUCCAGCCAAGGAAAACCGCCAAUUCAUGGUGCCUUUAUGCAAUGUUUGUACCAACUCUUGCAACAUCAAGCUGCAUCCAUUUAAUUAAACCUUGUCUCUGU